UUUGCCUGCCUAACAGUUCCCACUGCUUCGCAAAAUAUCAAGGCGUGCACGCAAAGCUAGAGCGAGCGAUCAAUCUUUCGUAGCCGUUUUCUCAGCCAUCGAUCGGAGAAGAGCUGCCAUGGAGGUUCAAAUGGAGACCAAUAUUCAUGGUGGUGGUGACGGGAAUGGCAGCUUCAUGGCGAGGUGCCGGCAGCCGCUCUGCUCGGCGCUGGACAGGCUCCGGAGCUCCGGCGUCGGGUUCGCCGGGAAGCUGGCCAAGAUCGCGAGGGACGACCCGAGGCGGGUGGCGCACUCGGUCAAGGUCGGGCUGGCGCUCACGCUGGUGUCCGUGCUCUACUACGUCACGCCGCUCUUCAACGGCUUCGGGGUCUCCACCUUGUGGGCCGUCCUCACCGUCGUCGUCGUCAUGGAGUACACCGUUGGUGGCACGCUAAGUAAAGGUCUGAACAGAGCUUUCGCGACUUUGGUAGCCGGGUUCAUCGCCGUCGGAGCCCAUCAGGUGGCCAACCGCUGUGGUGAAAAAGGGGAGCCGAUACUACUCGCCGUGUUCGUCUUCUUGCUAGCGUCGGCGGCGACGUUCUCGCGGUUCAUCCCGGAGGUCAAGGCGAGGUACGACUACGGGGUGACCAUCUUCAUACUCACCUUCAGCCUGGUGGCCGUGUCGAGCUACCGCGUCGAGGACCUCACCAAGCUCGCGCACCAGCGCUUCUCCACCAUCGUUGUCGGCGUCUUCAUCUGCCUCUGUACCACCAUCUUCGUCUUCCCGGUCUGGGCCGGGGAGGACCUCCACAAGCUCGCCGCCGGCAACCUCGACAAACUGGCGGAGUUCCUUGAAGGAAUUGAAUCUGAAUGCUUUGGAGAGAACGCAGCAAGUGAGAAUUUGGAAAACAAAGCCUUUCUCCAAGUAUACAAGAGCGUCCUCAAUUCGAAGGCCAGUGAGGACUCAUUGUGCAAUUUUGCCAAGUGGGAGCCUGGUCAUGGAAAAUUCAGCUUCCGACACCCAUGGAGCCAAUACCAAAAGCUCGGUGCUCUUUGUCGCCAAUGCGCUUCUUCAAUGGAGGCUCUUGCUUCCUAUGUCACCACUCUCACAAAAUCUCAGUAUCCUGAAGCCAACCCAGAGCUAUGCUUGAAGGUUCGAACAACAUGCGGUGAAAUGAGCUCGCAUUCUGCAAAGGCACUCAGUGAGCUAUCAUCAGCAAUUCGGACGAUGACUAUACCGUCCCCAACUAACAAUCACAUGUCUGCAGCAAUCAAAGCAGCAAAUAGCCUCAGAAGUGAAUUAUCAGAGGAUGAAGAUCUGUUGCAAGUGAUGCAUGUAGCAGUUAUUGCAUCUCUUCUCUCAGACUUGGUUACACAGAUAAAGAAGAUCACAGAAUCAGUUGAUAAUCUAGCACGACUUGCCUGCUUCAAAAACCCUGAAAAAACUCAAAAGGAUGUGAUUAUCGGCAUCAAGAGUUGA